AUUAAAUACUAAAAUAUUAGUAGUUAUAUCUCAAUUCCGCAACAAAUGAGAUUUGUUUCUAUAUUUGUUUUUAUAUGGCUACAGCAACAUCACUACUUGAGACAAAUGUGUUAUGUGUGUAUGUAUGGAUAUAGAGACAAAUAAAUGGCAUGUAGAGACACAUUUACAUUGUCACUAUACCCCAUUUUCUUGUAGUGUGCUCAUGAUUUAACAGUCUAUCAACUAGACGUCAAGAGUUCAUUCUUGCAUGGUGAGUUAAAUGAAGAUGUAUACAUCACUCAACCUAAGGUAUUUGAAGUUUCAUGGGAGGAACGAAGCAGGCCCCCAGGGUAUGCUACAGUCGCAUUGAAGCAUACUUUGACCAAUAUGGAUUUCAAAGAUGCACAUGAGAGAAUACACUAUUCAUCCAAGGAGAAGGAGCCAAUAUGUUACUAGUAAGCUUGUAUGUUGAUGAUGUGAUGCAACAAUGAAUGCAUUAUUGUUGAGUUUAAGGCUUCAAUGCAAAAGGAAUUUGAAAUGUCAGACCUAGGAAAAAUUAGAUACUUCUUGGGGGUUGAAGUUGUUUGGAAUGAAGGAGGCAACUUUUUGUGUCAACGGAAGUAUGCAAAGGAAGUACUUGACAGAUUCAAACUUCUCAAGUGCAACCUGGUAAAAAAAUCCAAUGGCUCCUGGAAUGAAGUUGUCUGCAGAAGGAGAUGUAGUUCCAGUCAAUGCAACUCAUUAUAACCAAUUGAUUGAAAGUCUACUUUACAUGGCAGCUACAUAGACUGAUAUAAUGUUUUCGGUAUUAUGUUAAAUGGGUUAAAUUCAAUCUCUAACAAAGCAACACAUGCUUGCAUCUAAGAGGGUAUUAAAUAACUAAAAGGAACUCUGGAGUAUGGAAUCUGGCUUGAGAAAGGAAGAAAAUAAAAUCUGGUUGGCUUCACUGAUAGUGACUACGAAGGAGAUGUGGAUGACAGGAGAAGUAAAAGUGGAUAUGUGUUCUUUCUUGCAGGAGGAGAUGUGUCUUGAACCUAAAAAAAGUAGCCAGUAGUGACUCUGUCUAUAAUUGAGGCUGAAUUUGUGGUUGCAGCAGGGUGUGCAUUACAGUGUGUUUGGCUUAGGAGAAUACUAGCACAAAUGGGAUGUACCUCAAGCGUGGAGAAAGAAAACAAGAUCUUCUGUGACAACAAUUUAGCUAUCAAACAGUUAAAUAAUCCAUUGCUUCAUGGCAGAAGCAAACAUAUUGAUGUUAGGUUCCAUUUUCUGAGGGAUCUGAUUAAGGAUGAAAUUGUUAGUUACCGGUUCGAUUAUGGACUACACCACUGACAAGAGAACCAUUUAAUAUCUCUACUUUCAUAGCACUUCAACUUGUUGUCUUCUAUGAUGUUGAGUAGUGAGGACUGCAGGUGACUGCCGUGAUGAUGCUUGCGUUAAACUCUUCAACAACAGCAUCCAUCCCAAAACCCUAGAAACAUAAAUGAAAAAGACCAAAAAAGGGUGAAAACGAGUGUGAAAAAGAUAUUAUUGUUCAAAAAUAUUAUUGUUUUGCAAUUAAUUGAGAUCCCCCUUACUGAUAAAAAGGAACCUUAUUUACGUGGUUAAUCGAAUUAAUCAACAAAUGCUUCAUGUCGUUGUCAUGCGACUAUUUUAUAUCACGGUUCUUCGGUGAUGUGCCUUCACCCUCUUGGAGAUUAGGCUACUCUCUUGUGUUUGGAUCAUUCAUUUCCUGAUAUUUUGUUUUGUGCUUAUGGGUAGGUGCUCACUCGGAUGGUCAACGCGAAGAUUCGUCGCACGCAAUGCAAAGCUAUGAUGCAUUAUGUACAAGUGAUGUGGGAUUUUGUUCAGCAUGUUAGGUUUCGCUUCGUGUCUCGUAGGUAUACUAGGGUUGCCCCAUAUCGUAGUAAAAAAAAUCCUUCUCGUCGUUGAUUCGGCAUUUUAUUGACUAGUACACUUUAUUUUUUUCUUAUUUGACCUGCAAAAAGUCCUAUUAUUAAUAUUAUUAUCGUAUCUUACUAUUCCGUGCCGACAUAUUUCACAAAAAGAAGGGGAAAAAAUACAUUACUCUACACCCGCUACUAGGGGUGGCUAUACGGUCCGGUUCGGUUAAAUUGGCCCAAAUUGAUCCGGUCCAGUCCGGUCUUUUUGAAAAUAUAAGGACCGAAGAUUGGAUUGGAUACAGUCCGGUCUUGAUCCGGUCCAGUUUUGAUCCGGUCCGGUCCCAAUUCGGUCUUGAUUUUACAUUGAGAUUGUGGGAUUUGAGUGGCCUAAGGCCUUAAAGGGUGAGGAGCUGGUUAAGUUUUGUACUAAGUGCAAAGGUUUGUGACCGUUUAUGCAAAUUACCCUUAAGUUUUGGGUGUUGAGCUCUCUUAUCCGGGUUUUUUACCUCAAAUCUAAGCCCAAAGAUUGGAUUGGAUUGUUUACUAUCCUGUCCCGAUCCGGUCUCGGUCCGGGUUAUACGGUCCGGUUUCCGGUUUUUAAUCCGAUCCUGAUCCAAAUAGCCACCCCUACCCGCUGCAUUCAUUUCAAUCAAACAUAUCAAAGUUCAACUUUAUAAAAAAUCUACGAAAAAGUGGAAACAACUUUAUAAAUAUGAUUGGACUUUUUUUCCUUGGUUGGUUGUUACAUGAUUAUCUGUGUUCCAACAUGCUACUGAUCAUUUGACAAACGAAAAACAAAGAACAAAAGGGAAGUCUUCUUAAGCUUAUGCUAUCAGUUAUUUUAUAAUAUCACGUGUUCAGAGAGUUAAAAAUCCUUUUCCCAUCAAAAUAACAUAAAAUAAAAUCAUUUUUGUUAUUAACAAAUUUCAUCUGUAUUACAAUACUUAUCGUUCCCCUGCCGAAUAUUUUUAUUUCCUCCCUAUAUUGUGGAUCAUUAUUGAUGCACCAGCAUGUAUAAUAAUGGGUAUCCUAUAACCAUAAAUAAAAUAAAAAAAGGUGACGCCAUAAUGUUGUUCUACCAAGCCGCUGGAAAUUGAUGGUCGAAAGCCAAGCCAACCAUACACAGAGCAUUCCAGCAAGUGAUGAACUAACCAAGCAUAGCAGUUUAUUGUAAACAAGACUACUUGAUCCAGCAGCUUGCCUUUAAUAAAGUUUCCCUCACUGACCUAAAACUCUGAGCUAGCUGGAGGGUGUUCCUUCUUUAUGAACCGUGAUGUAAUAUGAAUUGUAUCUAGUGAUUACAUAGUUAACAGUUUGGAAUAAAAAAAUUCCUGGAAAAGAAAGAGUUGAUAAUAUCACCCUCGUGCCUCUAUAUUAUUGCUAAUGCAUGUAUUCUCGUUAAGUUAUUAUUACAAGUGUAUGCAUGGAUUCCCUGUCUUGGGUGCAAUGUUCUAGCAAUAUAGCCAAAUGAUGGGGCAGCCUUCCACACAUUUGAUUCUGUUCAUCAAAGUCGAUCACUUUACACAAUGCUCUUUUGGUUGUAAUAAUAAGCACUGCAGGUUCAUCGAGAACCAGUUGGUUGAGCGCAGGGUCGCAUUGUGGGAGUGUUGGGAGGUCCUCUCUUACAAAGCCUUCAAAUUAUUGGAGCCUCCUAUUAUGUAUAGGACCAAUUACUAUUAUUAAGUAUGAGUUUAAAACAACAGAGAAUAUGUAUCUAAAAAAAUAUAAAAAAUAAUCUCAAGAUCUAAAAGAACGAAUGGAAUAUAUGCAUGAAGGAAAGAUAUACUUGCUUUCUUAUUAGACUUUUUUACUAACCAUAUAAGAGAGCUCAUUCUUUGUUCGUCUGUUCUCUAAAGAGAAUAAGAGAAGUAAGAUUGAUUAUGCUUCUUUAUUAUUGACGAAUGACCAUAGCACAUUAAGACACAAGUCAACAACAGUAAAAAUGAAAAGAAGUAAAUCAAUUAUAAAUAAUUCCAACUUACUUAACUUUUUUAAACUAAAAAAUCAUAAAUGUUCCUAUCUAAUAUUCGUGUUCUCUAUUAUUUAUUUCUACUUUCCGAGACUUCUAAAUUCUCCUCUUCAACUCAAUUAAGUUCUCGAUUCGAGUUAAUUGAUUAUUUUUCAAUUUAAUUCUUAUUUGGUUUCUUUUGUUUUCAUCUCGUUUGAUUCAACUCUCAAGUAAUCAAUUUUUUAUUUCAUUUUUCUAUUUGAACCAUUAUUUCUAUUUAUUUCAAACAAUAUUAUAUGGCUAUUGUUUUUAAAUAAUAUUGUUAUAAUUAUUUUAUUUAAUGAUUGAUGUAUAUUUAUAUUUUAUUAAAUUUUUAUGAAAAAAUUUUGGGCCACAUUUUAUUUAUAAAACAUGGCCUUCUGAAUCUUAGGGAUGGCUUGGUUGAGAUAGGUUCUAUUAUAUACGGAUCUUAUACUAUUUACUAAACACCAACUCAUAUGAGGUUAAAAUUUGUACAAACCUGAAACUAAGUGAUUAGCUUAACAAAACAAACGAUGGGCUUAACAAACGAGGGUCGUCGAUAUUCAAACACAAAACCUCAUGAUCAUCAAAAACAGAGAUACCAUAUCAAUAACCGAUUAGUUAUUAAUCACUCGAGUUCUUGUAAAAUUUUCAAUUAUUUAUCUUAUAUCUUUUACUAAAAUAUCUCAAUCCCAUAAAUUUGGUGAACUUGCAAUUGCUUUACUUCUUCAGUUACAAUUCUUUAUGUGCUCCAUUUUUUUUAUAGACCAUGUGCAUUUUAGAUGAAUUCUACUGCAUCGUUCCCACUUCCCACGUGGUUCUCAGAAAAACGAUCGAUACAUCAUUAAUAAUAUUAAUUAAUCAUUUCGAAAGUCUUAUCUCCUUUUAUCAUUAUAUAACAAUCGGGACAGGAGAAUGCCAGAGCACAUCUUCGGAUUUUAUUUUAUUUUAUGAGUUGUUGGUCGCUAGGGAAAUGGUGGAAUGAAGGCCUGCUUCGACAAAGAAUUAAGACAACGUGCGCAUAGAUUUGCAAUUGGAAUUACCAAAAAGGAAAGAAAGAAAAAAAAAAAGAUUUGCCAUUGGAUCGGAUCACCAGAGUUGACCAGAUAGGAUUCUUACAUUACAUGGCGUCAACUUGGUAUGAGAGGCGACCUUGUUGAAGAACGUAGAUAGAUAUACAUACGGAAUUCGUUCCGGCAUUUUAGUGAUUCACCAAUAUUACCACCAAAGCAAUCAAUAAGAGCCAAUCCGAAUUCUCCCAUUUUCCUUCACACAGCAUCUAGGAAAAGUCCCGAAGCGAGCUUAUUGUUGUUGUUGGAAAUCUAUAUCACUUUUUAAUUAACGACGUUAUGAUCAUUUUCAUUUUAUCAAUCUUUAUUAAAAAAAAUAUUGGAUCGAAUUUUAAUUCUGCGCAAAGUCUUGAGAAUGUCCUAACUCUAAAAGGUAACUUUGUAAAUAAUUGGCCUUCACUCAGGCAUAAUUUUUUUCACAUUUACAUAUUGUCUGAUAUGCAUGAUGUUUUUCAUAUGAAUUCUGAGUUGAGUAGGAAACAUGUUGGGCUACCACCAUUUCGAAAAACAGAGCAUAUUCAUGUGCCAACAACUAAUCAAAGAUUAAUUACUAGAGCAAGUCCAGCUCUUGUCUAGCUAAGCUAAGGACCGAAAUUCCACAUCCACCCAACGUCUGGUUUUCAACUUUGUUUUCAACUUAAGUGCCCAGUUGAGUAUGUUACAAGGAAUUUAUGUUCGAUAAUUAAUUUUAUUACAGAUUUUAAGACUUCGUAGUGCUGAACGGAUCUUCACAGAAAAACCAAAAAGAAAGCCACGAUAAUCGCGCACUUCCAGCGACUACUCUCUCAUAAGCCACUCUACUAAUCCGUUUUUCUUUUAAGAAAAUGAAGCUCUUGAUUAGUAUAAUUAAGUGUCAGUUUUGAGAUCCGUGCUAACGCUAAGUCUAUUAUUUUGCCUUUUAUCACUUAUAGAAGUCAGUUUGGUAAUCACGUACAAACAAAUAAUUUGUAAAAUGGCAUUACAUAAGUUUGGCAUAUCAUUAUAUGAUGAUGAGUUUAUUUAUAUAUAAAUGUUAUCAAAACAAAUUAUGUCAAAUAUCGUGUACUCAUUUUGUAAGUCUUAAGUAACACAUGAUUAAACAAAUUGAAAUUGUGUACUCUUUACAACAGGAUAAAUGGGAUUUAGCACUAACUCAAAAUGGUUGUUACCCUAAUGUCAACUAUGAUACAACUUGUUCAAAUUGAAUAGCUUCAUUAGUACGGUAUUGUUCACUUUGGACUAAAUUCUGCAUAAAUUUACUUCUGGAUAUCCUCACAAAAAAUCUCGUACUAAUUGAGCUAAAUGGACAAUACUAUACAAGGACAAUUUUGCUUCAUAAUUGGUAGUAUUGUAAGCUCUUCUUUUUUGCUUUUGCUUUUGUUUCAAGUAUAUAUUAAAUUCUGCAUGAAGUGGUUCUCCACAUUCUCUGCCAUUAGAAUUUAAUGCAUGUAGUGGACUAUUAGUUGGGCAGUUAAGGUUAAAUCUUGCUCAAUAAAAUAAAAAGAAAGCUUGGCUAAUUCUCAAAAGUCGCCAUCUCAAAUCGAACCCAGAUGUACCACCGUAUGCAUAAAAAAAAAAAAAAAAAGAGUAUACGCUGCACUACACGCAUAUGAUCGAUCGUAUAUUAUUAGUUGCUGUUGUAGACGUCAAGAGAGAUUUAUUUAUGAUGCAAUAUGGACGGCGGGAGGGAUGGGAUGGGAGCCAGCCAAUUUAAUUAGAUCGAUGCUGCAGCUGCAGCAAUGCAUGUGGUGAUUACUAAUGAUGAAGCUGGCUGGCUGGCUUUAUUUUAACUUUGACCAUCAUCACUAUUUCCAUUUACAUUGCCUCCUUAGACAUAAAACGAAUCAUGAUUCCGUGAAACAAGACAAGUUUUAACUUGUGUGGCAAAAUUAUGAAAGGACAAGUUUUUAACUGUAAUGGUCCACCGGUUCAGUACUGGUAAUUAAUCCGCCAUCAUCAUGAUCAUUACCAAAUCCGGGCCCACACCGUGCGUGGUUUGCGCUAAUCACCGUGUUCAGCAGCUGGUAAUUAUCUACCUCACUAGAAUAAGUGGUUAAUCAGUUGAUGCCUCAUUUCUGUGAGUGCAUGGCUCGAGAACUCUUAUUCUAAAUUCAUUCUUUUCAACCACUGGGCCUAGCAACUAGAGCAUUUAAUUUACUAAAAACUCUUUCAUGAACUUUAAGAAACGAAGAGGUGAAGCUAAAAAUUAGCGUGAAAGAACCAUCUCUCUACUGUGCAGUCACUUUACUGUCUGAAACGCCAAUCAUUAAUAAGAAUAUAAGAUCCAAUUCAACUCAAUGCCUAUAAAAAAACAGAGAGGGAUAUUUUUUUUCCCCUCCUUUUCGCACAGGGUGAAUGAAAUUUGAGUCUGGUAUGACUCUUAUUAUAGUCGUAUAUUCGUAUUCAAAUUCUUAAACUAAAUUUGUUCGGAUUCAAAAAUUUACUUUUAUCUUUAACAUUUAGCUCGAUAAUGACAGAGCCAAGUAGUGUCCAUGUGACAAAUCCCUUAAAUGGUGUAAGGUUGUCACGUCAUUUUAUGUAGCCUCAAGUGAUAGAAAAACCACAUAUCACUAAUGGUUUAAAUACGCACAAUUUAAUUAGGUGCGUGACGAAAGACUAAUUAGUUGACCUUUUAAACAUAAUGGUCAAGUACUCUUGGAUUGGGAUUUGGAAGCUUACACACAAUGUCCAUUUUUAAUACGUAAUUAUUGGCGCGAUGUUCAUAUACAAUCAUCGCAAAGCAAAAAGAGGAAUGAUCUAUCUACGGAGGAAACAGGCUUUCUUCUCACAUGGAGAAGAAGAAGAAAGGCAAAAAAAAAAAAAAAAAAAAAAAGAGGAAACCAGUGGGCCUGGCAGUGGCUUAGCUUCCGCGGGAGUGCGAACAGCCGGAAACUGAAACGAAAGUGGGAAAAUGGACCUUUUCUCUACCUACAUCUGGCUGCGGCUCCUUUCCUUUCCUUUCCUUUUAGGCCCGAAGGAAACAAACAAACAAACAAGUGCAGAGCGUCUACUUUAUAUAUUAGCUUUCUGUUUCGUUCCGAGUUUAUGAUUUGAGAAAACGCGGUAAAGGGUGUUCUAUCUGUUUUGACUCCUAACCCAAAUUCAUCCAAAGUUCCCACCUUCUAGGCUGGUUGACACCAUGAAUGUGGAUCACAUGGCAAAUACAAUAUUAAUAUAUAUGCACGUUGCCGUUUUAACUCCUUCAACCAAACGCCGGCCCCUUUAAAGCUACCUUCGGAAACACACCGUCAACGGUGAAUGUGUUGGCAACUAAUUUGUUCCGAUAAUUCGAAUAAUUUGGGUGGGAUUUAGUAAUAAAUUUUGUAUCACAUACUAACAAGUCCCCUCAAACAAAAAAAUCACUUAUAUGGACUUGAAAUUCUUACAAGUUUGAAUAUCAUCACGUGCUUUGCUAUAAUUGUAUAUUAUAUCUGAAAAUUCUUAUAGAAACAAACAGAAGACAUUUAUAAUUUGUUCCGUCGGAUUCGAAGAGAAGACAUUUCGAUUGUAGAAAACUUUAUAUCAUGUCAAGAACGAAAAUAGUCACAUGUAUAGUUGUAGUAAUCCACGGACGGACUAGGACGCCCCAAAUAACAUGAUUACUUGAUU